GAAGAUGCGUUCGAGGUCAAUCUGAAAAACCCAUAAAGCGAUCGGAGCAUUAUUACCAUCACAACAACAGGAGGACGUCGCCUGCAUCGAACUGCUGACGAGUCGCACAGGGCGAAUACAUCGUUUUUAAAUAUUGUUCUUUACAAAGAGUGUGUUUACGUCGGUCAUAGAAACUUCUGGAGAAGAAGAAGAAGUGUCGCAGGCGCUCGGGUUCUUUUAUUUUCUUCUUCUGUUGUUGUGACGGUGCAGAACCGGUGAGGCGACCAAUGAGUCAGCAGCUGAUCGGGGUCGACUUUACAUAACCGGACGAAAGAUUUAAAAAUAUAAAUAUAUAUAUAUAUUUUUUUUUAAACUGACAACAACCCGGUUGAAAGGAUCUGCUCAACAGUCUGUUGGUGUGUUUUUUAUUUUUUUUUAUUUCUCCACAACACAACGACGAUGUCAGCUCCUGUCGCCGCUCUGCAGCGGAGCUCGUCCUCCAACAACAUGCACCUCGGCGACAGAGAUCUGGGCCGAGUCGGCGACAGAGACCUGGGCCGAGUCGGCGACAGAGAUCUGGGAGGAGUCGGCGACAGAGACCUGGGCCGAGUCGGCGACAGAGAUCUGGGCCGAGUCGGCGACAGCGACGUGGACGACCUGCCGCUGCACUCCCCCUGGACCUUCUGGCUCGACAGAUCUCUACCAGGAACAACAGCCGCCGAGUGCGAGUCCAACCUGAAGAAGAUCUACACCGUGGAGACGGUCCAGAACUUCUGGAGAGUUUACAACAACAUACCGGGCGUCUCCAGCCUCCCGCUGAGGUGCAGCUAUCACCUGAUGAGAGGAGAGAGGAAACCGCUGUGGGAAGAAGAAAGCAACGCUAAAGGUGGUGUUUGGAAAAUGAAAGUCCCCAAAGAGUGCACUUCUGCUGUAUGGAAGGAGCUGCUCCUGGCUACUAUUGGAGAACAGUUCAGUGAUUAUUGCGCCUCAGAGGACGAAGUCGUCGGCGUCAGCGUCAGCGUACGAGACCGAGAAGACGUCUUCCAGGUCUGGAACGGAAACGCUUUGUGCGCCACCGAGUCGAAAAUCAUCGGAAGGAUCAAUGAGCUCCUGCCACAGAUUCCUUUCAAAGCAGUGUUUUACAAACCACACGAGGAACACCACGCGUUCGAAGGAGGCCGAGCGAGACAUUAGCACAUUUUUCUACAGAGUUCAGAGAUCCUCGAGAUAACACAAUAUUUUCUCUUUGCUCAUGAACGUGUUUUUAGAAUGUGGGCAAAUUGUGGACGCGGUGGAGUUCGUAGUUUGCUUCACGCAUCAUCUUAAUUACCUCAGACGGAGGCCGUGUGGCGCGAGACUCUGCCGGCCCCGUCAUCUGAGCACCGCUGUCAUUCAUUAAAAAAAGGCAAUACAACCUUCACUUUAGUUUACGGUAGUUUUUGUAUGUUUUUAUACGGCAGAGUUUUGCAAAAAAAAAGCAUCAGAUCGUGUACAGUCAGAAUUGUUUUUAGACGUAUUAUAAGCAUAUUGAGUGCAGUUUUCCUGAGCACAGACAAAGUUACACAAAGCAGAUCUUUAUCUCAACAACACGUCGCGAGGCCUCUUCUAGUCGCCCCUCUCCUCUGUUGUGUACGUGACAGCCAAAAUACUGCUGCCUAUACUAGUCGACAUAGAUAUUAUUUAGUAAUAUGCUAUAAAGCUAAUAUAUAUGAGGAGAAGAUAAAUUGCACAUCUUUUUUAAUUUCUUCUUCAGUAUAUGAGCGAUUGAUGAGUAGAACGGGUUCAUGUUGUAGUAAAUAAAUAUAGAAAUAUAUGCAAUCAAUUUCUAUUCUGUAGAAUUUGUGGCAGAUUUGCAGUGUGUGUGCGUGUGUGUGUGUGUGCGCGCGGGUGUGGUCGUCCUCAAAUCAAGCACUUUGUUUCUUACUGUAAAUGUUUAUGAUGAUCAGAUCGUCCCUGCUGGAUUGUUAAGGAGUUGUGAUAACUGAGACCAAAUACUCUUUGGCUUUGUGCGUCACCUUUUUAUUUUUCCUGAUGAAACUGUUAUGAUUUUUUCUUUUUUUUUUGCUUUUAAUACUAACGGAGAAAUGUUUUUAUGUUUUCAUAUGACCUGUGAUGAAAUACAUUUUACUGUACCCUUUGUAAAAAGCAGAUAAUACUGCCCCCGCAGGAGAAAUGAACAAUAAUCACCUGACUCAGAAAUCAAGUCACAGGGACACGAAAAAAAUUAAUUAAUUAAGAGGUUUUCUGUUUUCUGGGAUAUUUUAAUGAAUUUGUACAAAUCACUUGUUUGUUGAAUCAGCGGAGCAUCGUCAAAUCUGUAUGAAAUCAAUGAAUCUGAGAUAUUUUUAUGGCAGCAUCAGUGUCUCAAACCCUUUCAGCUUUAAGGUUUAUUUUUCUUUCUGUGGUCUUAAAUGUCAUAGGUUCGUAUUUGUGUUAUUGAAAUUUAGGAAGUUGAACCACGAUGCUGGUUCACCGAAGGCGCCUUUCUCUUCGCGUGUCUGGGUGUUUGACAAUGUUUUUCUGCAAAGAGCAGCACAGAUCUUCUCGAUGUAGACGUCAGAGCUCAUCUCCACGGAGAUAUGGAGAUACUGUAUCGAAGUGCUGCUACGAUUUAUCAAUCUCGUCGAGAUAUGCUGAUGCUGAAGUCGGAGCGUUCGUUUUCAGACCACUUGACUUUGCCAAGCUCGAUUCUGUCGUUCCGGUUGUCUGUUUGUUUGUUCUGAUGAUUUUUAGUCAUGUAGUGAUUUUAAAAACACAUAGGAGAAGAGUAUUCAGACGAACACUCGCCUCCGAUGUCGGACCUCGUGACCCGAUUGUUGAUCUUGGACGGUGCCUUGUGUUGACCAGCAGUUCACAAUGUUUCCGCAUGUUGUAACGUUCACCUGGUCGUGUUUCUCUGUGAACUUUUAAACGUGUUUGAAUAAUAAAGUCCCCUGAACGUC